AUGAUGGAUCCUCAAAGAUCUCUUCCCCUUGUCAUCAGAGCACGUGUCUAUUUGGCAAUGGUAUUAAGUGCCAUUUACGUACUCAGCCCCGUAGACAUUAUUCCUGAAGGGUUGUUUGGAAUAAUUGGUCUAUUGGAUGAUCUAAUUAUAGUGCUUAUCUGCUUUCUUCAUGUUGCCACCCUUUAUCGAUCUGUACUCCUUUUCCGCCAUGGAGGUUCUUCUUGA